GUCUACCCGACGAUAUGGCGACUUCGUCCGCGGGAGUCUUUAAUGCUUCCAAACUGGCCAUCAUCUUUACUCUGCUGUGUUCGCUCUAUCUUNUUCGCGGCAUCUGGCUACCGUCCACGCCUACCACGCCGGUGCAACCCACAUCUACCCCUCAACCGUCAGCUCCUCUUGAGAACGAUCUGACUCUCAACCACACCGUACCAACUCAGGAUGUCGCCGACUGCCUCAAUGCGCCGGGCGCCGAUCGCGUCAUGAUUGUGCUCAAGACUGGCGCAUCAGAAAUCUACGAGAAACUGCCAACCCACCUUGUUACUCUGUUUAGGUGCACUCGGCACUACCUCAUCUUCUCCGACCUGCCACAGACUUACUCCGACUAUGAGAUCCACGAUGCUCUGGCUACCGUCAGCGACAAGUAUAAGAACGAACACGAAGACUUUGAGGUCUAUCGCAAGCUUCAGCAGUACCACCGCGAGGGUCAGAACGUGGCCAAGCUGAAGGGCGACAAGGGAUGGAACCUCGAUAAGUGGAAGUUCCUUCCCAUGAUGCACGAGUCUUACCGACUGGCCUCUCCGGACGUUGACUGGUUUGUCUACAUUGAAGCCGAUACUAGUUUGAGCUGGACAAACUUGUUACAAUUCCUCGGACGAAUGGAUCCAAGGAAGCCUCUAUACCUGGGUGCGCAGAACGUCGUCGGUCCGACCACUUUCGCUCAUGGAGGCUCUGGUUUUAUCGUCUCGCGCGCCGCGGCUAAGAAGAUGGAGGAUCGCAGAAAGAAGAAGGGUGUCGAUAAGUAUGACGAACGGUGGGAGACGUCGACAAGCCAAUCGUGCUGCGGUGACGAGGUCCUUGCGCGUGCCUUGAUCGAAGUCGACGUUGAUCUGACGCCUUCCUGGCCUCGUAUCCAAGGCGAGACGGUCGAUACACUGGACUGGACCAAGAAGCACUGGUGUACCCCUGCCAUCACCUGGCACCACGUCAACCCAGCGCAAGUGGACAGCAUGUGGCGCUUCCAGAACAAAUGGGUAAAGGAGAAUGAUAAAGAGUUCAUCGCUCCAACUCCGGACUCGAGCGACAAAGAUAAGGCAGCGUGGGAGAAAUUGUCAGAAGUCGAAAAGAAUUCAGUCAAGAGCUUUGACAACUGUGCCGAAGCCUGUCUCGCCUGGAACAAUUGCUUGCAGUGGAUGCACGAAGACGGAGUCUGCAAGUUGGGCAAAGACAUCAGGUUGGGAGAAACAGACGAAAGAACCAGCAAUACGUGGUCCAGUGGAUGGUUACACGAUCGGAUCCAAGGAAUGCGGGAAGAUCUUGCCGACUGUAAGAUCAACUGGGACGAU